AGGUUAUAGUGGUAUGGUAUAACCUGAAACCCUUAUAAUUUACAACGGUGUAUUAACUUGGGAGGUCUGGCAAACUCGGUUUACUGAAUGGAAUCAACAAAAAUACGAUAGAAACCUAACUAAAAUAACGAUAAACGCCGACGUUUCCACGUGGGAGCCAUGUUGCGCAUCCCCGAUGAAUAUCUCGAUUUCGACCCAUAAAUCGCUCAUUCUCACCGAGAAUUACUGCAGAUCAUAAACACACACACACACGCUUCAGUGCUAAUGACUGCGCGUCUGGAGCUGAGGCUGACUUCUCAUUACGAAAGAAUGCUACACUUCAGCUGGGGUGUAAAUCGAUAACGGAGUGUCACCUGGUGGAGUUUGGACCAAACUCCUUAGAGGGCUAAAGUUCAGUCGCUGGCGGACUGGCAGGCGAGAUGAACUAGGGAUUUAAAUGGGCGAGAAGGAAGGGGGGAACGCGAAAAAGACAGGGACGAUAUUACAACACACACACACAGGUUCAAAGCCUGCAUGGGCUGUCAAACUCACACCAUCCGCGAAGACCCUGACGCAGUCACACGCUAAUGACACGACCCAGGCUCCUUUAACCUUUGACCUUUGACAGCAUGGACCCAACGCCGGUAUCCCACGUAUCCACGUCCGGAUCUCCGGGCUCUUCCCGCCCAGAAUCCCUGGCUAUCGCUGACAUCGUGGUGCUGGUCCUGUAUUUCCUGUUUGUCUUGGCUGUGGGGCUCUGGUCCAUGUGGAAGACGAAGAGAAGCACAGUGGACGGGUACUUCCUAGCUGGGAAGAGCAUGGUGUGGUGGCCGGUGGGAGCGUCUCUCUUUGCCAGUAACGUGGGGAGUGGGCAUUUCAUAGGACUGGCGGGAUCGGGGGCCGCGUCUGGCAUCGCCGUCACCGCGUACGAAUGGAAUGGCAUGUUUAUCGUGCUGCUGCUGGCCUGGCUUUUUCUGCCCAUCUACAUCGCUUCUGGGGUGACGACCAUGCCCGAGUAUUUGCAGAAGAGGUUUGGAGGGAAAAGGAUCCAGUUGUUCAUUGCUAUUUUGUAUUUGUUCAUUUACAUCUUUACCAAAAUAUCGGUGGACAUGUACGCAGGAGCUGUGUUCAUCCAGCAGGCCUUGCAGUGGGACCUGUACCUGGCUGUGGUCGUGCUCCUGGUCAUCACUGCCUUGUACACUGUAGCAGGUGGCCUGGCUGCAGUGAUCUACACAGAUGCUCUUCAGACUGUCAUCAUGCUGAUCGGCGCCCUGAUCCUCAUGGGCUUCAGCUUUUCGGCAGUGGGGGGCUGGGAGGAGCUGCACAACAAGUACUGGGAGGCCAUUCCUGAGAUCCGAGACCCCAACACCACCUGCGGCCUGCCCAGGCCAGAUGCCUUCCAUCUUUUCCGUGACCCCGUGACCUCUGACCUGCCCUGGCCGGGUAUCCUGGUGGGGAUGACCAUUCCAUCCAUAUGGUAUUGGUGUACUGACCAGGUAAUCGUUCAGAGGUCUCUGGCAGCCAAGAACCUGCUUCACGCCAAGGGUGGCUCCCUGUUUGCCUCGUACCUGAAAGUGCUGCCAUUUUUCAUGAUGGUGCUUCCUGGGAUGAUCAGCAGAAUACUCUUCCCAGAUGAAGUGGCCUGCGGAGACCCAGUUGUAUGCAAAGACGUCUGUGGAAAUCCUGUGGGGUGCUCCGACAUAGCGUACCCCAAACUGGUGAUGGAGCUUUUGCCUACAGGCCUGCGUGGGCUGAUGAUGGCCGUGAUGAUUGCGGCCCUCAUGUCCUCCCUCACCUCCAUCUUCAACAGCUCCAGCACCAUCUUCACCAUCGACCUGUGGAGACACUUUCGCCCCUGGGCGACCGAGUGGGAGCUCAUGAUCGUAGGCAGGGUUUUUGUGCUGGUGCUGGUAGCGGUGUCCGUGUUAUGGAUCCCCCUGGUCCAGGCCAGCCAGGGAGGGCAGCUCUUCAUCUACAUCCAGUCCAUCAGCUCCUACCUGCAGCCCCCUGUCGCCAUCGUUUUCAUGGCCGGCUGUUUCUGGAAGAGGAGCAGCGAGCAGGGUGCCUUCUGGGGCUUAGUGCUCGGGCUGCUGGCCGGCUGCGCGCGGAUGGCCCUGGACUUCGUGUUCCCAGCACCACAGUGCCACGAGCCGGACGAGCGGCCCGGUAUCGUCAAGUACGUCCACUACCUGUACUUCUCCAUCAUCCUGUCCCUGUUCACGCUGGCCGUGGUUGUGAUCGUCAGCCUGGCCACGGAGAAACCGCAGAGGGAACAGAUCAGCCGUCUCACCUGGUUCACGAGGUUGGACCGAGCGGCUCCGUCCAGAGUGGAAAUCGCCGUUCUGCCCGCUGAUGGCGGGACUGCAGUGCCGGAGAAGGAGGCAGAGAGAGCCGAGAAUGGAGGCACGCCCAACCCGCGGAAGGAGUCCAGCUCGAGCCAGGCCAGCGAGGAAGGAGGCUCCCGCCUCAAGUCCGUCUUUCUCUGGGUGUGCGGGAUGGAACGCAAAAGGGAAGGGGGCGGUCCCAUCUCGCCCCCGCCCGCCGUCGCUGUCUGCUCCCUGGCCGAGGACCCCUGCCUGAGACACGUGCUCAACGCCAACCUCCUCGUCUGCAUGUGCGCUGCGGUUUUCCUGUUUGCGUACUUUGCCUAGCGGACGGCGCAAUGAAGGCGGCCCACCAAAAAAAUAAAACCCCAGGAGCGGGAGGCCCUCGCUCCCCAGCACGUCCAGAGUAAUGAGACCUAUCGCGAUGGUGGCAUACUCGGCCUCGGUGGAGACCAUCAGAAUAAAACCCAGUGCCUUAGCCCCUCAGGGGGUUGCAGUUUGAAGCCUCUGCCCCAGCCUGAUGAAAAGCAGGCAGUGCAGCUCAACCCCGAUGCACACUGUCCAGUCCCAGCAAGCCUUUAAGUUGUCUUUGUGCAUCGGGGGCCUUGGGAGACUGUGACCUCAAGGACAGGACAUCAGCCAACAUUCACUUUGUUCAACAAAGAUGGCGGAGGGACUGUUGUAAGAAAUCAAGACUGAGCUGAGGCUGGUAUCUAGAGGAAACCCCAUCUAUCUUAUCACUGCAGAUUCUUCUAAGAGACCAGCAGCGAAGGCGUCGACCCAUUCCAUUCAUUGUAGUUCUGCACUUCCACGGCGUUAAUUUAGUCCGGGAAGAUUAUGAUGAAAACGUUCAACAGCCGGUGUCUCAUUUUAGUUAAAGAUGAAAUUCUCACAAAAGAUAUAAUCCCCAAUGCCAAGAAUGAAGACUAAAUUGCUUUAAAUUUGAGUGAAUAAAGAAUAAACCAGAUGACCCGUCUGCCACACUCA